GUCCGGAGAAUCAUCUUGACAGUUGUGCAUACUCUUUGGGGAUACUCUAUAUUACGGACGGAUGUUGACCCCGAGGGGGCGACUGUUACAGAGAGUCACGGAGAAUCAUCUUGAAAGUUGUGUAUAAUCUUCGGCGCGGACUGUCACCCGCCUGCCGACGUGGCGGAGCGGAAGAGGAGACGCCGGCUGGUACCAAAGUGAUCAGCAUGUCCGAGUCUGCCCCUUCUGACGCGGCAACUGAACACCCCCAACACUGCGACCCCGGUUCUAGCCAGGAUGUUCCAGAAGACAUCGCAGCCCCGUCCGAACCGACGCAGACUCCUCAGACUCUGCCGCAGACUCCUCAGACCCUGACACAGACUCCUCAGACCCUGACGCAGACCUCAGAGGAUGCCAAAGAGGACGGAAAGUCUGAGAGUCCACCGAGUGAAGCUGAGGGUCAGCUGACCGAAUGUGACCAAUCGGUGAGCCUGGAGGCAGAAGCGCCGGAGGAGGACGCGGAGAAGGAGCAGAAAGUCUGGGGAGGUUGGGGCUCUUGGGGCAAGUCUCUCCUGAGCAGCGCUACUUCUACAGUCGGCCACAGUCUGUCCUCCGUCAAGGUGAAGGCAGGAGAGGCUCUGCGUCUCCACAAGACCUCAGUGGGAGAAGAGGCCCGGGAGGAGGAGGAAGAGGAGGAGGUUGUAUCGGAGGAUAAGCCGGCGGUUGAAAGCGUCGAGCCGGGCGGUCCUGACGAGGCCGCCAACAGAGGCGUCUUCUCCGCCAUCUCCAACGUUGUGCAGAACACGGGUAAGUCUGUGAUCAGCGGUGGUCUGGAUGCUUUAGAGUUCAUCGGAAAGAAGACCAUGACCGUGCUGGCUGAGAGUGAUCCGGGUUUCAAGAAGACCAAGACCCUGAUGCAGAAGACCGCAUCUCUGAGUCAGAUGCUGAAAGAAGCCAAGGAGAAGGAGCGAGCACGCCUCAGCACGCAGCCCGUCAGCGCACCUACCGCUCAUUACGGCAUUCUCUUCGACGACUACCAGGGCUUGUCCCACCUGGAGGCCCUGGAGAUCCUGUCCAACGAGAGCGAGGCCAAGGUGCAAGCGUUCCUCUCCUCCCUUGAGGACCAGGAGCAGGAGGAGGUGAAGAUGGAGCUGAUUUUCAUCAAGGAUGUCUUCAUCCGGGGGGGAGAAGGAGAGGAAGAGGAGGAUGAGGAAGGAGAGCAGGCAAAGGAAGUGGAUGCAGAGUUCCUGAGUGUUCUCACUGAGUUGCUGUUUGAGCUUCAUGUCGCCGCCACGCCUGACAAGCUCAAUAAGGCUCGGAUGAGUGCCCACGAUUGGGUGAGCAAGGUGGAGCAGCCCGUCACUACGGAGACAGUUGGCAAGGAAACGCCGGACCAACCAGGAGGAGAGGCCUCGCCAAGAGAGGAGGAUGGAGAGGGCGAGGAGAGGGAGGAAGAUGGCGGGCUGAAAUAUGUGGAGUCCGUCUACUUGUCGUCAGUGGGCAGCCUGGCCGAAGUGACGGCCCGCAGUAUCGAGCAGCUCCACAAGGUGGCGGAGCUCAUCCUGCACGGGCAAGAAGAGCAGGAGAAAGCAGCCAGGGAUCAAGCAGGCGUCCUCACCAGGUUGACACGUGCCAUGUGCAAGGAGGUGCAGAGCUUGGCCAAAAAGUUCUCCCACACGCUGCUGGUGGUCGGAGGUCAGAGGAAAGCGGAGGAGCUCAAUCCAAUGGUGGACGGUGUGCUGCUGGAGGGCUCCAACAGUACCAACUACAUCCACGACGCAUUUCAGCUCCUGCUGCCCAUCCUGCAGGUCGCACAUAUCGAGAGCCAACGCUGCAACACCUGCACACACUCGGCGGCAGCACAAGUGCAGCACUAACACACACACACACACACACACACACACACACACACACACACACACACACACACACACACACACACACACACACACACACUUGUAUUUCUUACCUUCUUGAGACCUGAGAAAAAUGCCUCCCUCUUUAGGACCAGCCUUUCUAGAUAUAUAAAGAUUUGUAUUUACAACAUUAAUAAUAUAUACAUACUAUGCAAAUAUAAAAAAUGUUUUUUGGUAAUUGGUUUUUAAUCAUCAUUAUUUAAUUCAUUAUUACAGUAUGUCUCUAUAUACAUAUUUAUUUUAUUUUUUAAAUUAAUUUUGGCCAAAGGGGGCGCAUUUCAAUUUCUUACACACACUUGUUAUUACAUAUGUUGACCAGAGGGGGAGCACUUCAAAUUUUUUACACACACUUGUUAUUUCAUAUGUUGACCAGAGGGGGAGCACUUUUAAAACCACCAAAAAAAUCCCUCCUCUUUGGGACCACCCUCAUUUUGAUAGAUUUCACCACCAGGGGUGCAAAUGAGAUCUCUAUUUUUUGUUUUUUGUAAUGUGCUUAAGGCCGAUGACAAACGAGUCAGGGACCACAGCUGGUACCCUGUGAUUCACUUUGGGCAACCCAGCUGUAGAAGCUAACAGUUAAUGGCCACUAUAGUCUUAGUAGCGUAGUGUAUUUGUUCAUCCUAUGGUCACAUAUGGGACGCGGGUUGUCUCACGUCAGCACCGGAAGUCGUAAAAUCAGCUGUUCCCCUAGCGGGUUUUUUUCGGGGAUGAAUAGGGAAGUCCUUCUUUAGCUUGUUUAUCAAAUAUUGCUGCCUUUGCACCUGUCAAUGUUUACUUUUGUAUGCACAUUAAAUCAACAAAAAAUCCUGACUUUGGAGCAAUGUUCACGGACUCUAGUAUUUGGCUCUCUAUUAGAUGCAAUGGUUAUUCCGUAUUGGGACCAUGAUUUUGGUCCGAACUUGUUCACACCUCCUCAUAUGGAAGCUGCUUUUCCUUCUUGAUGUCUCAAGAUGGGCAGAAAUACAAGAGAACACACACACACACGUGUGCGCGAGCUGCGUUGUACAGAACAGAUUUGACGCAACACUAAGUGCUUCUAUCUACAUCAACGUUAUUUAUGUGUAUAAUAUAAAGCCAACAGUUACAUUUUCCA